AUGGUCCUAUUCUUCAUUUUAUUAUUAACAAUAGUACAUGCGCAAGAUGAUUACUGUGACUUCAAUUGCUUUAUAGAAGGUCUUUCCUUCACUGUUGAUAUGGAAGGUAAAAUGUCUACGAUGGGAUAUAAUAUCCCAAAUAUCACAUUCAAUGGGAUGGAAGUUAACACCAUCAGUGGUUCUGUUGAUGACCCUGCGAAGCCUUCCAAGUUCACUGCGCACGUUUCCUUACACACUUUAUAUGGGAAAGGUCCAAUAGUUAAAGAAAGUAAGAAUAAGGAAAUUGGGUACAUGUCACUUAGUUUGAAAGAUUGUUCUUUGACGUUCACGUUGGGGUUUGAGACAUACAAUUAUAUGGGGUACAACCUUGUCAAGGGAGUCAUCCCGUCUAUAUCCAUAGACUUAAAUGUAUGGUCUGCUAAGAUAGAUUUGAAGUGUACGGACUGUUCUGUGGGGGACUCUAUAGUAUUAGGGUUGGGGGACUUCUUCAUAGCUAUUGUUAAGAACUUCUUGCAGUUGAUUGUCAACUCGAACAUCGAUAAGAUCAACAAUCUCUUGAAGACUCAAUUGGACGCAUUCUUUAUCAACGUGAAUACCAACUACAUUGAAAAGUAUAUCAAUAACACUCACCCCUUAGACAUCCCAUUCACUUUAAAAGAGAACGAAUUGGUUAAUAUAACAAAGAACUCAAUGUUCGACAUGUUAUCAUGGGCAACUACGGAACUAUUAGGUGGAAAUACAUCACUCGGCAUUAACAAUUUAAUUAAUAGAUUUACUAAAGAGACGGGGUCUCUUGUAGCAGGUGGAAAGGAAGAGGACACAUUCCCUUUGUUAACAGACAAAAUCAUAUCUGCGUUAAACAUGUCUGGAUUGUAUAUCCCUGACAUCAAUGGGACUAUAGACUUCGCUCUGACAUUUUUGAAUGUCUCGGGGUUGAACACGUGGAAUAACUUGAACUUUUUCGAACCGCUCAGAGACGUACAAGUGAAUAUCUCAAACGCGGCAAAUGAAACAUCAAGUGGUUCUUCAAACAGUUCAGAAAGUGUAGAAAACGUCAGUGAAGGUAAUAUGUGUUCUGAAGAAAAGAAGUGCGACUACCAAAUGAAGUUAGCUUCGGGCUUACAAGACUUAGAAAUCUCCAUGACGUUCUCUAUUAAUGCGACUGCGGAGUCGCCGAGUGUGAGCACUGGCGGUAAAAAGUUGCACGAAGAGGCCAAUUUUUAUUUAAAAGUGUCAAAGAACUAUAUGGAAGGAAGACUGCAAGUUGCGAUGCAACAAGGCAAAUUCAAUAAUUAUAGCAAUUCGAUGUGUAUGAAUGGAAACUGCUGGUUGGCCUUGUUAGAAGAAGGCACGGGGGUACCCAUCUUCAUAUUCAACACGAGUCUUGAUGUGAUAAAAUUGACAGCCGCCUCGGCGUAUUUAGAAGAUGGCAUUCAACAAAUCAUUAACUCGAUUGUGGAGGUCUUUCUCUAUAACUAUAAAGAAGCCAUUCCAGCUCUUAUUAAUGGGUUGGUCAAUGAAUUGGCGACAAACUACACAAAUCAAGAAAUUGAAAAGGUUGUUGGGACUGAUUGCAAGACCAUUGAAGAUGAAAUAGUGUUGGGGUAUAAGCCCAGUGUUGUUGUAUUGUGUUUGAUUGUAGCUUGUGUGUUGAGUGCGAUGUUCUGUGGCAUUGCGUUGAUGGUGUUAGUGAAGAAAAGAAGAUCACAACACAGCGCUGAAGUCAAAAUGAAGACUGAAAAGGUCCAAGCAGAGUUAAACACUGUAGCACAAGAAUCGUACACAGAUUCCUUUUCAACAGACACUUCAGAGGACAAAGUCGACUUGAUUAAGCACAAAACGAAGAAAAGUAUAUGGAAGAAAAUGUUACAUUUCCCUGGAUGGUUCUUUUCUCAAUUUUCUCGAACAGAUCCUGAAGGUUCUAGUCUCUUUUUAGACUCUCGCAUUACGAUUUUAGUUCGAGUUAUAGUCCCAAUCAUUAUCUUCUUUAAUAUUGGGAUCUUUAUAACGUCCAAUACAGGAAUUGGAGCAACUGUACAUGCGUACAUCUUGUUUGGAGGGAAUAAUGAAAUCCAAAUGCCUGUGUCGACAUUUGGGUUGGUCGACAGUGUCAGAGAUAUGUGGACUGCUGGGGUUUACCCUCUCUCUAUAUUAAUUCUUGUGUUUUCUGGGAUAUGGCCUUACACCAAACUCAUUUUCUUGUUAUUCAGCUGGUUCACUCCAGCCAGUAUAUUAAAACCAAGUAUUCGUGGAGGUAUACUUAGUGUCUUGGAUGCGUUGGGCAAGUGGUCAUUUUUGGACUCGUAUGUCAUGACUUUAAUGAUUAUGGCCUUUUAUUUUGAUGUUCCCCUUCCUAUUCACCACCCCGAGAAUGUCUCUGAGCACAUUUCCAUUCAACUUUAUGUUGAUCCUGAGUACGGGUUUACUACACUCUUACUGGGUACUUUAGUCUCAUUAGUUCUCUCGCACUUCAUGGUGUUCAUUCACAACCAAAUGAUGAGUCACCCUUAUGAUAACUAUGGCUCUAAAGCGAAAUUAUAUCGACCACUGAUGAUGUAUACAACAUUCUUUGCUACACGAAUAGUUAUGAUUCUGAUGAUAUUGGGAAGCAUCGGACUGAUAGUCACAGGCUUUUUCAUCAACUCGUUUUCAUUUGACUUCUAUGGACUUGCGGGGUGGGCACUGGAUUUACUCGACUUCUCGCAACAUAGAGAUUUCUCUGUGAUGGACUUGGGCGUCGAUUUGCCGUCGGCGUGUAGAGAACCGAACAGUUUUGUUGUCAGAUUUAUUCAAGUGACUUACUUUAUCACUAUUGUAGCACUCCCUAUGGUGCACUUGAUCGUUAUGUUAUUGUUGUGGAUCUUCCCAUUCAAUAGAAAAUUUCAAAAUUGGGUCUUCAACACGUGUGAAAUUCUGUAUGCUUGGUCGUGUAUUGAUGUCUUCAUAAUUUCUGUCAUUGCAGCAGUGGUGGAGUUAUCACAGUUUGCGGAGUUCAUGGUCGAGCCCAUGUGUGGUGCGCCUAUAGGAAAAUCAGAUAUGAGUCUCGAUGGCAUCAUCGCGAAGUUCUUUGGCGAAGAAAAAUACAUUGAAGGCCAUGAAACGUGUUUUGAAGUGAAGGCUGUGUUAACGGAUGGAUGCUGGUACUUAUUUGCUGGUGUUGUGUUAUACACUAUCACAGCAAUUGCUAUCACAAAAAUAUCUAAAAGAGUCUUAAAGGAGAGAUUGCCUAGUCAGGAUGAGGUGGAAGAGUUUAAGGAAAAUAGUAAAGAGAAGAUGCAAGACAAGAUGCCACUGUUAUAUGGUGUAGAUGAAGAUAAAUUGUAA